AUGACGUCGUCCACCCGCAGGUCUCUGCAGCUGCUGUUGCGAGCCUUCGGCGAGGCUAGGAGAGGAGGACCCUGUCCAGAAUUCAUGCGGAACAGGAAAAAGAUGGGACAUCUCCACGUGGAAAGACUCUACGGGGAAAACGAAGUUGCCCAGGAUCAAGGGAAGACGGAAAGCGAACAGCCUCAGAAUGCGAAAAAGCCAGAAGUAGCUUGUACUCUGGAAGACAAGCGAAAGUUAGAAAACGAGGGAAAGAGAGAAGACAAGGGAAAGACCGAAGACGAGGAAAUACUGGAGGAGCGGGAAAAACCAGAGGGGGAGGGAAAGCCGAGAAAGGCAGCUGGGGAAGCAAGGGCUGCAGGGAGGCACCCUGUGGGGGCACGAAGCGCCAGGAAAGCCAAGAGAAAAACCACCACCACGGGGCUGGCUCAGUGCCUCAAGAAUGGGGAGGCCACACCCGAUGUGCACCUGGGUGACAAGGGCACGGUAAGAGAAUCUGAUGAGGUUGCUAGGGUGGAGGAUGAGGUGGAGAAAACCAGACAAAAAUCAGCGGGGGUGUUUAUGUGGAUGCAAAACUGUUUACAGGACCCCUCCCACCCGAGGGGCUCCAGGGGACUCAGGGGUGGCGGGAGGGCCCCACAAAGGGGCUUUGAAGACAUUCCCCUCGUGCAGUGCCCCCGGGCAGGCGUUUGCCAGGCCCCGGCUUCAACCUUACGCUAG